UACCCGGCUCUUCGCCCACCUUCACUUAAGGAACCGCGGGGAAGGAUCUACGUGAGACCUGUGCGGUGGGGUCGGGGCUCAUGGCCGCGUCCAGGACGCUCGGCACUUUCCGUCUCCCGCCGUUACCCACGAUUCGAGAAAUCAUUAAGUUGUUUAGACUGCAAGCCGUGAAGCAGCUAUCCCAGAAUUUUCUCUUGGACUUGAGGCUGACAGAUAAAAUUGUAAGGAAAGCUGGCAGUCUGACAAAUGCUUAUGUUUAUGAAGUGGGCCCUGGGCCUGGGGGAAUCACAAGAUCCAUUCUCAAUGCCGGUGUUGCUGAACUUCUGGUGGUUGAAAAGGAUGGUCGAUUUAUUCCUGGAUUACAGAUGCUUUCUGAUGCAGCACCUGGAAAACUGAGAAUUGUCCAUGGAGAUGUCUUGACAUUUAAGAUAGAAAAUGCUUUUCCAGAAAGUCUCAAAAGACAGUGGGAGGAUGAUCCUCCAAAUGUACAUAUUAUUGGAAAUCUGCCUUUUAGUGUAUCAACUCCACUGAUUAUCAAGUGGCUUGAAAACGUUUCUCAUAGAAAUGGACCUUUUGCUUAUGGCAGAACCCAGAUGACUUUGACUUUUCAAAAGGAAGUGGCAGAGAGACUUACAGCCAGUACAGGAAGCAAGCAGCGUAGUCGCCUCUCCAUCAUGGCCCAGUACCUCUGCGACGUUCAGCACAUCUUGACAAUCCCAGGUCAGGCUUUCAUCCCCAAACCGGAGGUGGACUCGGGGGUGGUGCAUUUCACCCCCCUGACCCAGCCGAGGAUAGAGCAGCCAUUCAAGCUGGUGGAGAGAGUCGUUCAGAAUGCCUUUCAGUUCCGAAGGAAAUACUGCCAUCGAGGGCUUGGAAUGUUAUUCCCUGAAGCCCAGCGAUUAGAAAGCACUGGGAAACUGUUACAGUUGGCCGAUGUGGACCCUACUCUUCGACCCACCCAGCUCUCUGUCAUACAUUUUAAGAGCCUCUGUGACGCAUACCGAAAAAUGUGUGAUGAAGACCCACACCUCUUUGCUUACAAUUUCAGAGAAGAACUCAAGCAAAAGGGGAUGGCAAGGAGAGCUACAGACUGUAGCUGCUACGUCAGGGGCUGGCAGCCGACUGGAUGUUGAUGUUCACAGAGUUGAACUUCUCCUAUGUGUGCUCCCCAGGUGUGACUUAUUCCCCUUUUACAGCUUGGUAAAGAGAGUAAAUAUCGUCAAGUAAGGUACAGUACAAGCUUUCUUUUAAUAUAUAUACUGCAUAGAUAUGACAUGUUUAGUAUAAACAGCAUCUAUUACAACCUUACAAAAAUGAAAUACCUGCACAUUGUACCCCUAACCCACAUGAGAAUAAUUUAAAUACGCUUUAAAUAAAGCAGAACCUAAGAGCUCAAAGGAAAUGCCCAGAGGAUUGGAAAAAAUGAUCUUUCGAAAGCUAUUCAUCACAACUUCCCCACCCUUUUCCACAUAAAUUAAUUAGAACGCAGUUUCAUUUUAAGGUUUCUAAGUCAUUUUGAUACCUGCUCAAAAGGGAUACAAACUAAGUAAUUUACAGAUUCUGACCAGUUUAAUCUAGUUUUCUGAUCCACAAUAAAUUAAAAUAACUUAAAUCUUUACAACUAUUUUGUGGGAAAAAUGUAUACUGCACAAAACCCAAUAAUGAAUAGUUUUUCUGCAAUUUCCAUUUUACCCCCAGUUUAAAAGUGAAACCAGCAACUUAACCCAUAUCUGGAUUGACCUGUAUUAUGCCUUUCCAUGGCUCUCUGUUUCAUAAAAACACUCCUCGUUGACAACCGACGUUAAGCUCUGGACGCUGAAUUCUCGCUCGAGAACGGAGCUGAGAUCAAGGUUGGCAUUUUCCGAUUGACUGUCCAGGGACUGGUGACGCAUCUGCGCCUUCAGCAGAGUUCCCCUGUCCCUCUUGGUGCUGUUGGCUUUGCGUUUGAUGGCGCAGAAGUGCCCCCGGACCAGCUUGGGCUGCCCGUCCUUGCCGGGCGGCUGCUGAGCUGGCCGGGCGUCCGGGUCCUCCGAGAUCCUCAGUCUCUGGAACUGGAUCUCGAUGUCUGUGGUAGGGCUGCCCUGCUUCCCAGCCUGGUGGUCGUCCUCGUCGUCGUCGCUCAGAAUGUCGCUCUCUUUGAUGAGACUGUCGGAGAAGUCGGCCAGGCCCUCGUGGGGGUGUUUCUGGGCGUCCUGUCUGCUCCCGGCCGGGGGGCAGCCGCUGCUCUGGGUGCCACUGCUCAGGCUGCCCUCAUCCGAGUCCAGCGAGCUGCCCUUGCCCGGCUCCCCGGGCCACUCGCUGCUGGAGGAAUUCUUAAGGACUUUUAAGGACCUGGAUGAAGCUGCAGUGAGAAAAGCACAUUUUCCCUUAUGGUAGAGGAACCGAUUCCACAGUGUGUGCAUUUCUGCCUUGUGGGUUAUCAGAUUUAACAUCUUAAUUAAAAUUUCAUCACCUCACUUCACUCCUGGGACUAAAAAAAAUGUAGAUACUGCAAAUACGGACAUUUUUUAUUUAUGUUUAUUUGAAAUUUUAAGUUGGAAUUUGGCAUUUUUUAGAGGACCAAUUACCAGAGCUUAUUACUGAGAACAAUAAGCUAUAAACUAUCAUAAGGGCUAGGCUUCUUAUUACCAAUGAAUAAAUUUAAAAGUUAGUUUUACAGCUAAUUAAUGAAUAAAUUAGCUCUUGCUAAUGAAUAAAUUUAAAAGUUAGUUGCUAAUAAAAUCUAGGUUCCUUUCUUUCACUAAAGUACUUUGUAGUUUGAGAACUAAGAUUACACCACCAUAUUUCUCUGCCCACCUUCUCACCGGUUCAUUUCCCUUGCUGCUCAAUUAAAAGUACAAAAAUGCUUUUUCUCUCUCAUGAGAACUGUCUCUGCCGGAAUUUCUAGCCAACUUUGAGAUUUAACAUGAAUAUUGAAUCGUG